AUGCCCCCCAAGAAGAAACAACAAGUGGCCGAGUCCGAGGUGAGCCCGAGCGGACGCGUGGUGAUAUUGGAUGGCGCCUCAACAGCGUCGGGAAGUGGGACGAAGAAGCGGACGCGCAAGGAGGCGAGCGAGCCCAAGCAGCGCAAGGAGCCCAAGGAGCCCAAGGCCGACAAGGGGCCGUCUCGAGCAAAGAAGAUGAAGGACGAGGUCGACGUCGAGGCGGCCGGUCGCAUGUUGCAGCUGUCGCAAACGCCGAGCACGAGCGUAGCGAGCGCGACGAAGACCGGGUCCAGCCAGACUGACGCGAAGCAGGAGUCGGACUCCGCACAGCAGGCCGAGGCCGACAACGCCUUCCUCGGGUUCGGGCGAGUCGACUUCUGCAGCCAGGAGAAGAUGCUGUGGACGUCGGGGUCGACGAACAACCGCGCGCUGAACAUGGUCCACGUCGGCAACAUCGCUGAGAACCUCGUUCUCGAGGGGGUCUUGGACGACGACCCCACCCGCAUGUUGAUCUUCGAGAUCUACCCGGAGCAUCUCGACGAGAACACCGUCUUGGCGAAGACCGCGGACGAUCCGGCGAGCUUUCCGCUCGUCAAGUUGAGCGAGCAGGGCAAGAGCUUCUCGCACCUCUUGCUCGCGGGAAACCAUCGGCUGCACGCACUGCUGGAUCGCCAGAAGAAGGACGCCGCGAUCCUCAAGGCGCAGAUCCGCCGGCUGAAGGAGCUCGAGAUCUCUGUCGGUCUGACCGAGGAAGGGCAGACGACGCUGCCCCAGCUCCCGGAGCAUGAGCCGAUCGCGGACCUGAAGCGGGAGAUCGCGGCCACGGAAGACCGGAUCGAGCACAUGAGGUUCUGGAGGUGCAAGUUUUAUCACUCUGGGAAGCUCACGGAUCGGGCGCGUCGUCACCUCGCGCGGAACAUCACGCAGCACAUCCGCGUUCAGACCUAG